AUGUCUAGAUCACCUUCUUUGGCUCCUAGAUCUUCUUACAAUUCAGUUUUGGAUCUAAAACGAUCUUAUUCACCUGCUAGUUCUGGUUGGAUUAUUCAAAAAUUUGGUGGUACUUCAGUUGGUAAAUUUCCUGAAAAUAUAGUUGAUGAUAUUGUUAAAGAAUUUAGUAAAAAUAAUAGAGUUGCUAUAGUGUGUAGUGCUAGAUCAUCAAAUACUAAACUGGAAGGUACUACUUCGAGAUUAAUUAAAUCUGCUGAUUUAGCUUCAAAUAAUGAAGAUUUUGAAGCAUUAUUAAAAAUUAUUGAACAAGAUCAUUUACAAAAUGCUGAACGAAUUAAAGACUCAGAUAUUAAACAAAAGUUGAUUAAAGAUACUCAAAAUGAAAUAUCUCAUGGUAAAGAAUUAUUACACGCUUGUCAAAUUAUUGGUGAAAUUAGCGCGAGGUCACUAGAUUCAAUCAUGUCAAUUGGAGAAAAAUUAUCAUGUUUAUUUAUGACUGCUUUAAUGAAAGAUCGUGGAUUAAAUGCUCAUUACAUAAAUUUACAGGAUAUAAUACAGAUAAAUUAUGAAUUUAAGAAUGGUUUUGAUGAUUUAUUUUAUCAAUUUUUAAGUAAAGAAAUUGGUAAACGUAUACUAAAUAUAAAUGAACCUGAUGCAAUUCCUGUAUUAACUGGUUAUUUUGGUAUUGUACCUGGUGGGUUAUUAAAUGGUGUUGGUAGAGGUUAUACUGAUUUAUGUGCAGCAUUAGCUGCUGUUGGUAUUCAAGCUGACGAAUUACAAAUUUGGAAAGAAGUUGAUGGUAUAUUUACUGCAGAUCCAAGAAAAGUUCCAAAUGCAAGAUUAUUAGAUUCAGUUACACCUGAAGAAGCUGCUGAGUUAACUUAUUAUGGAUCCGAAGUUAUACAUCCAUUCACUAUGGAACAAGUUAUAAAAGCAAAAAUUCCAAUUAGAAUUAAAAAUGUUGAAAAUCCAAAAGGUAAAGGUACAAUUAUAUAUCCUGAUAAUAUAGCAAGAAGAGGCGAAGAAACUCCACCACAUCCACCAGCAGCUUAUGAAACAUUACCAUUAAAUUAUAUUGCAACUCAUAAAAGAAGAUCAGCAACAGCAAUUACAGCAAAACAAGAUAUUGUAGUUAUAAACAUUCAUUCAAAUAAAAAGACAUUAAGCCAUGGGUUUUUAGCACAUAUUUUUACAACACUUGAUAAUUAUAAAUUGGUUGUUGAUUUAAUUUCAACUUCUGAAGUUCAUGUUUCAAUGGCAUUAUCAAUACAAUCAGAUUCUGAACAUCAUUUAAAGUAUGCAUUAGAAGAUUUUAAAAAAAUGGGUUCAGUUGAUGUUACAAAAAAAAUGACAAUUAUUUCAUUAGUUGGUAAACAAAUGGUUAAUUUUAUUGGUAUUGCUGGUAACAUGUUUAAAAUUUUAGCAGAUGAAAAGAUUAAUAUUGAAAUGAUUAGUCAAGGUGCUAAUGAAAUUAAUAUAAGUGCAGUUAUAAAUGAAAAAGAUACAAUUAGAGCAUUAAAAUCAAUUCAUGCAAAAUUAUUAGAAGGUAAAGACAAUGUUGAAGAACAAAAUGGAAGUGCUAUAGAUAUAAGAUUAGAAUCAUUAAAACUACUGUAA